AUGAGGGAGGAAAGUUUGGAAGAAAAGGCAAAUGAAUCCUCUGAAAAGAAUGGAGCUGUGCUUGGAAAUCCUACAAAGAGACUUGCUUGCGUUGGAAUGGAUUGGACCCGUGUGGACGCCAAGGAUCUGUUCAAGAUUUUCAACUCGAUCCUGCCAUACUCGUCUCCUUUGAGCGUGAAGCUUUGCAAGACCAGAAUCGGAAGAGAGCGUCUUGGAGACAACAAUGUUUUUGUCAAAAGAUGCGCAGGGGAAGGCCUUAGAGGGUGUUACGUUGCUGUUGCGGAGUUCGAGGAUAUAGAAGACUCGAAGAAUGUGUAUUCUGCCUGUGAUGGAGUGGAGCUAGGGAACUCUGGAAUGGUUCUUGAUCUGAGGUUUGUGCCUGAUUCUCUUGAUCUUCGAAAUGUUUGCGAUGAAGCCUUUGGUGAUGAUGGAUACAGAGAAAAAAGCUUCAGCCGGCGAACUAGGGAGAAGCUUGAGGACGAGGAUACAGACAGCGAGAUGGAAUCCAAGAUGCAGAGAUUAUUUGAGGAAAAGGAGAUCGACUUUGGCCUUGUUUCCGAGCUGGUAGACAUGUCAGACGAUGGGGAUGCUCCUGAUGUCGCGAGUCAUCUGCCGGCCUCCGCUGAAAGCGAGGAAGAUGACUUCCUUGAGUCGAGUGGGGACGAACUUGAUGAGAAUUUGCGAGAGAGCCAAGAGAAUGCGAAAGAAAAGGAUAGGAAGGAAAGCAUAGGGGCCAUUCCCAGGAUAAAGGCAACAGACGAGUUCGAUGGCUUCGUGUUUGACCCAAAGGACAAGAGAUUUGUUGCUAUAUUUGAAGACGACAACUUCUCCAUCGAUCCCACACACCCGGAGUACAAGAAAAAGGGAGGCAUGAAGGAAAUAAUGGACGAGAAGAGAAGACGGCUCAAGGAUAAUAUUGAGUAG